GCAUCCCCUCUGUCCCCUCUCCUGCACUCCUAUCUUCCUUGCCUCGCACCUAGAACGCCCGGAAACACGCCGGUUUCUUCUCGCCGUCCCUGCUUCGCGCUCUGCUUUGCAUCAGGCGGCUUUGUGUUGACGUGACGAGGGGCUGCCAUUUUGCCGUGAUCGAUCAAGAAGCGGAGGAUAACAACCACAAUGGCACGACGAUGUGAAUCCGCCGCCGUGAUGGUAGCUUGCCUCAUCGCCACAUUCCUCGCGGGCUUGCAUGGAGUCAAUGCAUCGACUGGCGGGGAAACUAGCGGUUUCAUGGCUUUCGCGGAGGGAAUCGCAACUGCGGCUCGUGAUAAGAUCUUGGAGUGCUCCGGAGCGGAACCCGAUUCGCACUUGCCGCUGAUCGUACUCGGGGCCAUGGGAGCCGCGUUGGUGGCCUUCACGCUUUACCUCACGCGCCUGUUUUUCGACAGAGAUCCCUAUGUGUUCAACGGGGGCAAGAUGGGGAAGCUCGAAGCGCAGUCAGUUUACACCAACAAGAAGCGCUGCUGAUGGUGUAGUGCGUGCAAGUUGGGAGCCUGCUUCCGCUCGAUUGAAAUGUUGGGUCCUGGUAGGUGUUGUGUUACUAGUUAUUCUUUGCGUCUUUGGGGUGUUGGUGUUCUUGAGGGACUUGACACUUGGCACCCAUCUUGCGCUGAGUGGCCCAACUCUCCGCCGUGGGUAGGAUCGUGUCUCUCGUUUGUAUUCGGAUGUUGUGCAAGGUGUAAGACAUGGACAUGUAUAUUGAUGCCGUUUGCUGCUAUUUCAGCCUCGAAAGAGGCCGCCCAAAAACGUAUCCCGCUCAAAUGGGGUGCGAGAAUAUUAGUGUUGACUGACAACCGCGGUAUCAUGGUAAAUUAUUAUUGCUCUGUUGGUGGCUACUGUAGUGUGGAUGGAAAACCGCCGGGUCGAUUUUUCAGUGCCGGACUAUCCGAGCAAGCGUUGUAGAACUGUCGUAUGCUACCUCACUGGUUGGCAGGAUCUUUCCGCUUCAGUGAGAAACCUAGCUGACGGCGGCGGCUGAAUUAGGCAUUGCCCUAUUUUCGAUGCGACUUGGGAUGUUGCUCGCUCGUGAAAGACGAAGGCGGAAAGAAGUUAGGUGGAUGUUGUGUUUUUGGUGCGUUUUGGGUGAAGAGCAGGCAAAUCGUGCUUGUGCCAUGCUCCUGUAGCGGAGCAAGUGUGCUAGUAUGUCUUGAUGCGGCGUGAAAUUGAACGGCUCUUUUCCAUCAACAUCUCGGCGUGGCCUUCCCCCUGACUCCCCUGGCACAACACAUUUUUUUUCGUCUGUAGGGUUCAAUGGUGACCGUUUGCUGUGUGUGACCCCUGCUAACGCGUUCCAAAAAUAUGCCGCUUGGUGUAACUGUCACGUCCAGAAUACACGGGACACACGUUGGUCACCGUGGCCAUGGGCGGUUUCACAUGGCCCCUACUGGUAGCUGGUUGCUUUGAGGGCGGCGGGUACUGUAUGCAUCCUUAGAACUAUGAAUCAAAAGAGCAUCGCAGCUGU